UAUUUCGAUUUUUGCUUACACACAUUUCAAGAUGGCCGUAAAACGUUUGGUGUAGACACGAGAUAGUGAAAAAAUUUGUCCUGCAGUUUUUCGCAGCUAAUUUGACUUAGAAAUGCAUUAAAAUACUUAAAGUGCAAAGUUAAAGUGUUGAAGUGCACAAAUUCAAUAAAAAUUUUAAGAAUUCUACAUUAUUGUGAACGCUGUGGUGGAUAGAAUUUUUUCACUUGUUUUUGUAGUGCGGCGGCGGCGAAAAAGGCACUGAAGAAAAAAUUAGUAAAACUCGCAGAAGUUGUGUGAAAAUUAAUUCUUAAAAGUAAAUGUGCAAUUGAAAGGCUGCUUUACUAUAAAUUGAGCAUUGUGUAAAAUCGCUGUGGUACAAGUUUGCCAACUCAGUAAUCGUAAUUGGGUAAUUAUAAGAAGUGAAUUUCUGGUGCCGCUUCUGUCGUAAAUUUUCAUAUGGCGGCAAAUUUGUGACAUUAAACCAACAACUACAACGUAUUACAACAACACAAUUUAGAAAUAUCUAAUAAAAACAAAACACGAAAAACAUUCAUAAGAAAGUGUGCCCCAAAUAGGAAAUUGUUUGGCCAUAAGCAAAGAGUGAAUCCGACGAAGGAAAGUGGUGAAAAUGAGUAGUGAAUUGAUUGAGGAGGGUGGUGGCAUAGAUGCCGGCAGCGAUGAGGCGUUGUUAACGAACGGUGCUAACGAGACGGACGAAGGAGUUGCCGAGUACUUGGAAGAGGUAAAGCACGAUCCCAUGGCUGCUGAGAAACCGGUAAACCCUACAAAGCGCGGCCGUAAGCCACGCCGGCCAGUAGAGGUCGAAGAAGCUGAAGAGGGAAAUGUGGAAGCGCUCGAAGAAGACAAUGAUGGUGAAGUUAUCGAAGAGAUGUUGGAGGAAGAAGAGGAGGCGGAAGAUGGAGAGAAUGUGAAGCCGGUUUUGCGCAAACUAACACAGUUACCCAAAAAACGCAAAGAUGAAGCAGUAAACGCGAAUUCCAACCGAAAAUCAAAUGAUGAAACAUAUGUGGAAGAUGACGAGCAACCCACUAGCACGGCACGCGAAGCCGCCAAAAUCGAGAACCAAGUAGAUGAGAAUCAGUGCCGUGUCUGCACGUCCAAGGAAGCACUUGUCAGUCUUUUUAACGCAACUAGUAAGCAAACUAUAGCAGACAAGUUAAUGAUCAUCUGCCCAACAGUUUCCAUUGCUCAGAAGGAUUUUAUGCCGCAAUUCAUCUGCAAUCCAUGUUUGGAUAAAGUAAAUAUCGCCUUGGAGCUGAAAACGCAAUGUGAAACAACCGAGCGGGAAUUACGCAAAAAAUUGUCACGUAGUAAGAAUAAAGUACGGCGACCGGCUGGCUAUGUGGUCAUAGAUGCUACAUUGGACUCAGAUCCAUCAGAUGAGGAGCCUAACGAUGAUGUAGAAUUCAAAGUAUCUGACGAAGGUGGAAUAACUGCCGAAGAUGAUUCCGAUGAUUCCGAUUUCGGUUCUCCAAAAAAGAAACGGUCCCCGCGUGUGGCAGCUGCUAAGAGGGGUAAGCGCAAAUCGGCCGCAGCUACUCCGGCGCCAAAAGUAAAAGAGAAGAAGCGUGUGGGUGGGCGCCCAGCUUCAAAACGGUCUUUGCCAUCACCAGAAGUAAUAAUAAAAGAGGAGAGCAGCGACGAAGAUGAGGAGCCAAAAGAGAAACAAGUAAAGAAAAGGAAAACCAAGAAUACACCACAGUCGGAUGAGGCCGAAGAUAAGCCCAGUGAGUUCCCUUGCGACGAAUGUGAACAAGUGUUUGCACGUAAACUUUCCUUGAUUCUACACAAAAAGGCGCAUAAUCAACGACAGCCCAUCAAGUGUGAAACAUGUGGACAAAUAUUUAAGAUACAGGGUGCCUAUCGCAAGCAUGUGCAAAAACACACCGAUGAGCCAUCCGGCUUUGAAUGUAGCAAAUGCGAGUAUACUGGCAGCAGUAAGGCGGAAUUACGUCGACACUUGGUAGAGGAGCAUGACGAACAGGGUGUGUUGCAUCAAUGCGAGAAAUGUAAGCGAAAAUUUGUAUCCGAGGCACGGUUAGAGAAGCAUAAAGAAGGACGUUGUCCAGGUGUGGAACGUGUGGCGAAAAUAAGGCUCGAUGUGGAAAGUUAUACUGUUGGAAAAGACUUAUUCAAAGCAGUGGCACCGCUCACAACAACCUACUGGAGUGAUAGUUUCUCCGAUUAAGCACUUCUGGCCAUAUCUGUUUGCAUAAGGCAUCCAUAAGUAUGACGGUAAUUACAAGACAUUAGUGUUCUUUUCGCCGAUCAAUGGAAUUGUUUUGAUUUUUUUUUUUCAAUAGCAUAGAUUUAUUAAGUUCAUUUCUGUUAAAAAUAGAUGAAUCAUAAAUUUGAGAAUUCAAGAAAUCGCAAUAUUGCUAUUUAUGUACGUAUGUUUAGUUAUGAUUUGCAGAACGGCGCAAAAUGAAAUUAACGCUAACAUUUUUCAUAGAAAUUUAAGAUCUCCUGUUUGUGAAAUAAACUGUCUUAAAUAUGAAAUUUAUCAAUAUACUUAAAGAAAUUGAAGAUAUAUUACGAACAUUUUUCCUGUUUAAAUUUUAUCACCAUUCUUUCCAACAAUAAAUAUAUUCAUUAUUCUUUGGAAUUUGUUGUAAUAGGAAAUGUUUUCGAAUUAUAAAUAUUGUAAUUAAAGAUGUAAUUUUGAUAUGCUGUACAAUUGUAUCAGUUUUAUUAUUUGACAAAAACGACCUUUUCCUAGCAUUAGUGAUUAAUGUAAAUCCAAAUUUGUAAGAAAAUAUUUCUAAGUGUGGCUUUGUAAAGAAACCCCCUUCUAGUGUAUCAUGAAAAUGAGUAAAAUCUACUUUUCCGUAAAAUAAAGUAAAUUAAGUAAAAACCGGUGUCUCACUUGCACUUUAA